AUGAAUCCCGAGAGAAAGAGCAUCCACAUUUACAAGUUUGUGGAACCUCCAUUGGCUGUAUUGAGAGGACUUGGGGCAUGUUUAGACCUGACUCACAAAGACGCCUUUAAGGAAGCGUAUGGUAACCUGUUGGGUAUUCUGAACACCGAGGUCAACAUCACUGUUGUGCACACCUUGGUGCAGUUCUACGAUCCACCACUAAGGUGCUUUACUUUCCAAGAUUAUCAGCUAGCGCCAACAUUGGAAGAGUACUCUCAUAUUCUGGGUAUUAGGAUUAAGAACCAAAUGCCCUACAUCCGCACUAAGGAACUUCCUGAAUAUCGAGAACUUUCUGAAGCUCCACAUAUAGGAGAGAAGGAAAUAGAAUUGAAGCUGAAACCAAAGGGUGGAAUCGAUGGCUUCACCUCUAAGUUUCUCGUAGAUAAAGUUAUCACCUUCGCUGAAGCUGGAAGCUGGACGGCCUUCAACGCCCAUCUAGCUUUACUUAUCUAUGGGAUGGUCUUGUUUCCGAAUAUGGAGGAGUUCGUAGACUUGGCUGCCAUUCACAUCUUCUUGACUCAGAAUCCGAUUCCCACUCUUCUUGCUGAUACUUACUAUUCCAUCCACGUGAGAACCCAAAAGAAGAAAGGGACUAUCGUCUGUUGCACCCCUUUACUGUAUAGAUGGUUUAUUUCGCAUCUACCCAGUGAAGGUCCUUUUGUUGAGAACAAAGAUAACUUGAAAUGGUCCCAGCGGAUCAUGUCCUUAAAAGUCGAAGACAUUCCUUGGUAUUGUCGAGUAUACGAUGGUGUCAAGAUCAUCCUCAAUUGUGGAGAUUUUCCUAAUGUACCUCUUCUUGGAAGAGCAGAGAUGGGUAAGAAUAACGAUAUCGCCAAAGAGGCUUACACCAGUUGGGUCAAGAGCAGAGUUAGUGAGGUCUUAUUAUCAUUCCCGCCCGAACCAUCCAUGAACCUCCAACCUCCUGAGCCAGAGAACCGGUCAAAUUCUGAAGUAGAUGAAUUGAAGAAGGUUGUCAAGACUCUAGAGAAAGAGAAUGUCGGUCUCAAAUCUAAGCUUGCUAAGAUCUCAUUGGAGAAAGAAACCUUGAAGUUCAAUCUGAAUCAGAAGAGAGACCGAGUUCGUCAAGCAGAUGAUGAGGUACAGACAGAGGUUUUCAAAAGACUCAAAGUGGGUAACACCCUCAAAGGGACUUAUGCCAGCCUGACAACCAAAAAGAAACAGUUAGCCGAAGCCUAA